AGUCUGUUUGGAUCAGGUGAGCAGAUUAAACCCUGAACGUCGCCGGUAACGAUGGGAGAAUGGGGCUUUUUGUCAUCACUGCUGGAAAAAGUCCAGUCUCACUCCACGGUGAUCGGGAAGAUCUGGAUGAGCGUCCUCUUCCUGUUCCGGAUCAUGGUUUUGGGAGCCGGUGCUGAGAGCGUCUGGGGCGACGAGCAGUCCGGGUUCAUCUGUAACACCCAGCAGCCCGGUUGUGAGAACGUCUGCUACGACUGGACCUUCCCCAUCUCCCACAUUCGCUUCUGGGUGCUGCAGAUCAUCUUCGUGUCCACGCCGACGCUGAUCUACCUGGGCCACGCCAUGCACAUCAUCCACAAGGAGAACAAGCUGAGGGAGCUGUUGUCGAGCCCUGGUGGGCCGAGGAAGCUCAAAGAGCCCAAAUACAGCGACGAAAAGGGACACGUGAAGAUCAAGGGGAACCUGCUGGGGAGCUACCUGACCCAGCUGGUCUUCAAGAUCUUUAUUGAGGCUGGGUUCAUUGUGGGACAGUACUACCUGUAUGGUUUCAUCAUGGUUCCUAUGUUCCCCUGCUCCAAGAAGCCCUGUCCCUUCACCGUGGAGUGCUACAUGUCCCGGCCCACAGAGAAAACCAUCUUCAUCAUCUUCAUGCUGGUGGUGGCCUGCAUCUCUCUGCUCCUCAACGUUAUCGAGAUGUUCUACCUGCUCUGCAGCAGGGUGCGGUGCGGCUCCAGGCGUCGCGCUCACAGAAUCACCUCGUCAGAAAACCCAGCCGGCCUGUCUGGUCCCAGGUGGCCAACGACAGAAGAGGCACUGAGGCAGAACAAGAUGAACAUCGAGCUCGAGAGCAACCACAGCGUCGGAGGCAGCCUGGAUGGAGCCAAGGAGGAGAAACGGCUGCUGAGCGGCCAUUAAAACCUCCGAUAUCCUCAAAAUUGUUUCAGAUUUUGCUCCAUCUUCCCUCACUUGAGUACAGAGACUUCCACCAUGCAUCACAAGACAACAGAAAAGUUUUGUCAUCCUGUAAUCAUGUCUGCAGAGAAAAUUAUCCACAAAUAAACAAUAUCAAGGAGCAGAAUAGUGUUUUUUUACAUAAAUCUUCUAAUAAACGUGUGCAAUACAGAUAUAUUUAUAUUAUAGGCGCUCACCUGUGACCCAGUGAGUGAAAGUUUGUGUGAGCCUCAAGUUGUUGGCCAAAGUGUUCCUUAAGUUAUUUGAAUGUUCCUUAUCUGGAACUUUGUUGGAAAUAAAAAGUGCUUACUGAACAUUUGCGACAAUGAUUGUG